GAUGGAGAGAGGGAGUACCUACCGGAGGAGUGGCCUUCACGAUCCCAGCCCAACAUGCGGACUUUGUUUAUAACGUGUGGAAGGGGACAAUGUGGAGACAUCUCACGUCGCUUCACUUUCUCAAACCCUGCGGCAGAUCGUUUCACCCUGUCACUGUAUCAGGAGCCCGUCUACGUUCGAUUUUAGACUGGAGUAACUCAUCUUCAGAAAUCACUUUCAAGAAAUAAAGAGUCUGAGCACCAAUUAGAAACUGCUGAGACGAUCCACUGGGUGUUGUACCAGAGACUACCACCUGUACUUUUUUAAAAUGAUGACGAUGAGGACCCUGGGGCCACAGAGGGCCUGUGUUCUGCUGGGUGUGUUCCUCCAACUGCUGUUGUUGCUACCAGACACCACCUCUACAGACUCCACCGCUGCAACCUGGAACCAGAGCGGACCCCGACUAAAGCUCUCACACACAGACUUGCGUUGGAUGAACAGUUCCAGCGUGUUCUGGGACAGAGGUGUGAGUGGAGGUUACCAGUCCCUGCUGCUGGAUGAGGACCGUGGCUGGCUCCUGGUAGGGGGUAGAGACCACAUCUACCUUCUCCACUCGGACAGCCUGGCUCUUCCUACACGCACGAUUUACUGGCCAGCUGUGGAGGAACACGUGGAACACUGCAGAUUGGCAGGGAAGAACCUGUCGACUGACUGCGCCAACUACGUGCGUCUCCUCCAGCCCUUCAAUAAGACCCAUGUGUACGUCUGUGGCACCGGGGCCUACCACCCACAAUGCACCUACAUAGACCUGGGACACAGCACUGAGGAGCCGUUGUUCCGUCUGCAGAGCCAUGCUGUGGAGUCUGGACGGGGGAAAUGCCCCUUUAGUCCACGGGAACCCUUCACCGCCAGGCUCACCGAUGGGGAUUUGUAUGCGGGGACGUCGGUGGAUUUUAUGGGUACCAACGCAGCUAUAUUCCGUACCUCUGUGCACAGCAGCAACCAGCACUAUAUACGCACUGAGGCCUACCAGGACCACUGGCUCAAUGAGCCAGUGUUUGUGGGUUCCUUCUCCAUUCCAGACACACAAAGUGUGGACGAUGACAAGGUUUACUUCUUCUUAAAGGAGACAGCUGUAGAGUCCAGCCAGUGGGACAAGAGGGUUUACAGUAGAGUGGCACGCAUCUGCAAGAAUGACGUUGGAGGGAAGAGGAGUCUGAUUAACCGUUGGAGUACCUUCCUCAAGGCCCGUCUGGUGUGUUCUGUACCAGGACCUGGGGGACUGGACACACAGUUUGAUGAGCUUGAGGAUAUCUUCAUUCUGGAGACCAAAGACUCCCAGAACCCUGUCAUCUACGGAGUUUUCUCAACUUCCAGUUCUGUUUUCAGAGGGUCAGCAGUGUGUGUCUACUCCAUGGCCUCUAUCAGGGCAGCCUUCAACGGUCCGUUCGCCCAUAAGGAAGGGCCCGACUACCGCUGGGUGGAGUACAAGGGGAGGAUCCCAUAUCCACGACCUGGCACUUGUCCCAGUGAAACGUAUGACCCCCUCCACAAGUCUACUCGUGACUUCCCUGAUGAUGUAGUGAGCUUCAUGAGGGGUCACCAGCUGAUGUGGGAACCCAUCCUUCCAAUCACCCGCCGGCCCGUCUUCACCCGCGUCAAUGUGCCCUACACUCUACGAAGGGUGGUAGUGGAUAGGGUGGAUGCUGAGGAUGGGCAGUAUGACGUCCUACACCUGGGCACAGAUGAUGGCAAGGUGCUGAAAGUGGUGUCUGUCCCCAAAGACAACUGGGAGACUGAGGAGAUCAUUCUGGAGGAGCUGACCGUCUUUCAGACUCAGGCCCCCAUUCUUAACAUGGAGCUGUCUACCAAACGACAACAGGUGUACGUGAGCAGUGAUGAGGGAGUGGUCCAGUUACCGCUGCAGAGGUGUGAGCUGUACGGUAGAGACUGUGCUGACUGCUGUCUGGCCAGAGACCCUUACUGUGCCUGGGAUGGGAACACAUGCAACCGAUACUUCCCCAGCAACAAGAGGCGAGCCCGGCGCCAGGACGUGAAACACGGGGAUCCGAUGAGCCAGUGUUACGACGCAGAAGACGGUUCUGAGUCGGUGGAGGUGAAGGUGGUAUACGGAGUGGAGAGUAACUCAACCUUCCUAGAGUGUGUACCCAGGUCCCAGCUAGCUACAGUCAAGUGGACAGUACAGCCACCACAGGCUCACACCAGCAGAGAGCUGCUCCAGAGUGAGGUUCGUAUGGUCCACAUGAUCCGGGGUCUCCUGGUUCAGCGACUGGAGCCAGGGGACGCUGGCCUCUACAGCUGUACCACCCUGGAGCACUCCUUCUCCCAGGUCCUGGCCCGCUAUAACCUCCAGGUCAUACCCCAACAAAGCAUGACAGCAUCCCAGGCCAAGGCAGCUGAUCCUAAGGCUGGGGGAGCAGGACUGAGGUGGGGCCCUGGAGGUCCUGGGAGCCACACCCAGAGCCACCCCCAGCUCUUCAGGAAUUAUAAGGACCUGCACAUGAUGGGCGCAGCUAGUAUGAGCGUAGACGAGUACUGUGAGCAGAUGUGGCACCGGGAGAAGAAGAGGCAGCAGAAACUACGUCAGCUCAAGUGGAAACAGACCCAGGUGGACAACCGCAAGGCCAGGGUGAGACGGCACGACUCCACUGAGGACAUCACAAUACAAUGACCUACGGAUGGGGAUGGACAGAGACUUUUGGUUUGCGUCUGAAAUGUCACCCUAAUUCCUAUAGAGUGUACUGCUUUGGACCAGGGUCCAUAGGCCUAAGGUAGUGCACUUUUAAAGGGGAGGGCUAUAGAGGGCUAUUGUAGAUGUAACUCUGGAGAUGAAGGGAAUGUAUACAGCAAGACCUCAGUGGUAGUGCUGCACAUGAGCAGACCCUUUGCUUUGAACAGAUAUGUACGCUUAACAUUAUUAUCAGUCAGUUAACCUUUUUGUCCAUAGAAGUAUCAUUUUGAUAUAGAUGUUCUGGAUGUAUAUUCCUCCUCAAUCCUGAUCCUUGAUCCCCUGUAUUCUGUGUAGACAGGAUCAUGAUCGUUCUUUUUGUACCCGGAACGACCCGUUAAAGUCUAUUAUUGCUCUCUGGACUGGUAGGUUUGUUUACUGAAUAAAAAGCAGGCCGGACAGUUCUCCGUCACACAUGUCGAGGGCAAAUACACUGUCCCAGAACUACAACCACAGGUCUCCAAGAACUACAACCACAGUUGUCCCAGAACUACAACCACAGGUCUCCAAGAACUACAACCACAGUUGUCCCAGAACUACAACCACAUGUCUCCCAGAACUACAACCACAGGUCUCCAAGAACUACAACCACAGGUCUCCAAGAACUACAACCACAGUUGUCCCAGAACUACAACCACAGUGUGGACAGUGUGAUGUGGUUGGUCCCUUCCAUCUUCCUCAGUGUCCCUUUCUAUGUCUUCAGACACCCUCAGCAAGACAUGUUAACAUAUUUGCACUUACCAUAUUGUCAUGACAGCAUUGAAAUAUGCUGUAUGAAGAGUAUGUAAUGCAAUGUACAGCAUAUACAUUGAAAAUGUAUAUUGUAGGGUCACUCACCUGCGUUGUGGACUGUAUCUACCUUGACUUAGUUUUUUCAAACACAAAACUAUUAUUUUUAUUAAGAAAAAUCUUUCAAUGUAAAGCAUUUGGUAGAUACUUUUUUGUGUGUAUUUGGUUUUCACUUGUUAAUCAAAACCCAGAAAUAGAACCGUACAGGUAAUACAUUCAUACUGUACACUCUUAUCUAGAACCUAACAUGGUUUUUUGGCUAUCCCCAUAGGAGAACCCUUUGUAGAACAUGGAACCAUGGAACACAAAAGAGUUCUACCUGGAACCAAAAAGGGUUCUACCUAGUUCCAAAAAGGGUUCUACAAAGGGUUUUCCUAUAUGGAUAGCCGAAGAACCAUUUUAGGUUCUGUAUAGCACCUUUUUUUUCUAAGAUUGUACUCUAAUACACUUUUGACAUAAAAUCUGUGGAAUAACUCACAUACUAUUCUAUGGUUUUAGAUGAAGUGAAGAUACCUGCUUUUCAUAUCUUAGAGGAAUGAGAAAAACAGCUUUAUGAGCAAGAAAUAUAUACGCAUUUGUGGUUGAAAAUCAUGAUGAAUAAGUAGGUGGGAACCUGAAACACACGAAGGAAGUCCGGCUCACACUAGACUUCACUCCUGGUAAUCAUGACAGAUCUCAUCAUUUAACAGUAGUGGGACCAGCUGGGUAUCAAACCCUAGUGCAGUAGAUUCACUAAACAUAGAAACAAUGUGUAUUUUCAACAUCUUGUGCUCACUGUGAAUGAACAUGUUCAACUGUGUGUGGACUGUGUCACUUGUUGUUUAUCAUACAGUUAGCACCAUCUAGUGUUGGUUGUUGUACACUGCACAAGUAAGUUACGGUAGACCACAUGUUUUAUGAUACAGUGCUGUCAUUAUUUAAGCAAGAAUGCAAUCUAUUUAUUCUACGUAUGUGUACUGUACACAGACUUACUAUAAGAGUCAAAGCAGUAUAUAUUAUAAAUCCAUACUGGGAACUAUUUUCAGUGAAGCACACUUUUUAAUAUUCGUUAUUUACACAUCACGGUAGAUAAUGGUUUGGUGAUGCAUUAGGAUAGAAUGCAUUGUAAUUUCAUGCGUCAUAAUGCUUUGCUUUAUGAGGUAAGCCUGAUAUCUUUAUAAGGAAAGAUUGGUUCCUGAAUUUGGACACAUUUACUGUUCUCUUCAUGAGAUACUGUUAGUCUACACAUUGUUGAGCUAAAUAACUGCAAGUAUGACUUUAACGUAUAAAAGCCACCCAUCCACAGAGAACCAAUUGAUUAGGGGAACAUGAAUAUGUGCUGCAUUAUUCUGAAGAAAUAUCUGAAUGUUUCCCUGGCAGCCACAGGGGGCUCUGUAAUGAAGCCAAUGCACAGCCAUCUUGGUACUCCUCCUCCAUUGUAAAAAAAGAUUUUGGAAGCUAUAAAAAUGCAUUUAUUAAUGUCUACAUACAUUUUUGACAUGUUUAUUCUAUUGCAGACACCUUAAUGCAUACUUUUAAAUUAUAUUAUGUGAGCUAAACUUAAAAUGAAAAAAUAUGUCCUUAUCCUUGAAACAUUCAAUUAAAAUGCUGUCGAGUUCCACUCAUUUGGGCUCCUGAGUGGUGCAACAGUCUAAGGCACUGCAUCUCAGUGCUAGAGGUGUCACUACAGACCCUGGUUCGAUUCCAAGCUGUAUCACAA